AUGUUCGUCAUAGGCAACGCACCAAGUUCUCCAAGCGGAAGGAACGCUGGUACGCGAGCAGUGUGCUCACGGCCGAUGAGCUCGCACUGUCCAGUGGUGCGAAACCAGUCGCAGCGCCAACGCUGGGCUUCGCGUCGUGUACCUGCUUUUGAGAAGAGGCGAGUAGCUGGCUCGGCGCGCACUCUGGUCUGCAAAGCGCCGACUCUAACGGAUGAUAUGUUUGAAUCGGAGGUGCUUCAGGCGGAUGUGCCUGUCUUGGUAGACUUUUACGCGGAGUGGUGCGGGCCCUGCAAGCUGAUUGCGCCGUUGAUCGACUGGGCGGCGAACGAAUUUUCGGGAAAGAUGAAGGUAUACAAAUUGGAUACGGAUACGAACCCCAAGUUCUUGACUCGGUACGGCAUUUCAGGGCUUCCAACCCUAAUUCUCAUGAAAAAAGGGGAUGUUGUUGCGCGACACGAAGGGGCUAUAGGCAAACCCGCACUUACCCAGUUCCUGACGGAGAAUCUGCCCGAGCUCGUGCCGUAA